AUGAAUAGUAUGAAUAUAGUGUAUGUAUUCACUUUGAUUGAUUGUUAUGGGAAGAGUGGGAAUUCUGAUGGGGCUUUAAGGUUGUUUGAGAGGAUGAAAAUGGAUGGGAUUGAGCCUGAUGAGGUUACUUAUGGUGCUAUUGUUAAUGGGUUAUGUAAGAGUGGGAGACUAGAGGAAGCUUUGGGUUAUUUUCGGUUUUGUAAUGAGAAUGCUGUUGUUGUCAAUGCUGUUUUUUAUUCUAGUUUGAUUGAUGGACUUGGAAAGGCGGGAAGGGUGGAUGAAGCUGAGAAGGUGUUUGAUGAAAUGGCUGAGAAGGGGUGUCUGCCGGAUUCAUAUUGCUACAAUGCGCUCAUCGAUGGACUUUGUAAGUGUGGGAGGAUAGCCGAUGCUUUAGUGCUGUUUAAGAGGAUGGAGUGUGAUGGUUGUGAGCAUACUGUGUAUACGUUUACUAUACUUAUCAGUGAGCUUUUCAGGGUGCAUAGGAAUGAAGAAGCCGUCAAGAUGUGGGAUUUGAUGAUUGACAAAGGGAUAACGCCGAACGUUGCUUGUUUUAGGGCUCUUUCAAUUGGAAUGUGUCUUUCAGGAAAAGUUGCGAGGGCUUGUAAAGUGCUGGACGAGCUUGCACCUAUGGGGGUUGUUCUUGAAAUAGCUUAUGAAGAUAUGAUUGGAGCGCUGUGUAAAGCUGGUCGUGUGAAGGAGGCUUGUAAGUUGGCUGAUGGAAUUGUGGAUAGGGGUAGAGAAAUACCUGGGAAGAUUAGAACGGUGAUGAUUCAUUCCUUAAGAAAAGCUGGGAAUGCUGAUUUGGCUAUCAAGUUGAUGCAUAGCAAGAUUGGUAUUGGAUAUGAUCGAAUGCGGAGCGUUAAAAAGAGAGUCAAGUUUCAAACCCUUGUUGACAACUGA